AUGGAGCGCACCGGACACUUCAAGCCAACCCCUGCAAGCUAUGACCAGUUAGUGGACAGCUCAGUCGACAGCACCAAUGAGACCUACUCGUCUAGAACAGAUGAAAAAACAAUCAGUUUCGUUUUCCAGAUUAGUUUAGCUGUGGUCCUUGGUGUCAUUACCCUCGCUACCACACUAUCCAAUGCGUUUGUAAUUGCGACGAUUUCUCAGUCAAGAAAACUACACACUCCGGCGAACUUCCUAAUAGCCUCUUUGGCUGUGACGGAUCUCUUAGUAUCAGUCCUUGUGAUGCCGAUAUGCGUGCUUUACACGGUAACACACACGUGGACUCUGGGUCAGAUUAUAUGUGACAUUUGGUUGUCUUCAGAUAUAACUUGUUGCACUGCCUCGAUACUUCACUUGUGCGUAAUUGCCUUGGACCGUUAUUGGGCCAUCACAGAUGCGUUAGAGUACGCAAAAAGGCGCACUCCAGCUCGAGCAGCGGGGAUGGUGGCGACCGCCUGGGUCAUCGCUAUCUCCAUCUCUCUUCCUCCGUUGUUCUGGCGUCAGGUGAAGGCAGGGGAAGUGACUAGUUGUACUGUCAACACGGACCACAUAUUUUACACAAUCUACUCAACGUUUGGGGCAUUUUACAUCCCCACUUUGCUGCUCCUCGUCCUGUAUGGGAGGAUAUAUGUUGAAGCCAGAAAAAGAAUAUUGAAACAGUCGCCCAAAAAAAUCGGAAAGCGACUCACUUCAGCACAUUUGAUAACAGACUCGCCGGGAUCUGUGGCCUCCACUACACCUUUGCAUUGCGGACGUCAAGAGCCGCGUUCUAAUGACACAUGUUCACUGACAAGUGAGAGCCAGGUUAAAGUAACAGUGUCCGAUGCUCUAGCUGAGAAAAAGAGAAUAUCUGCCGCAAGAGAGAGAAAAGCGACCAAAACACUGGGGAUCAUUUUGGGAGCCUACAUAGUAUGUUGGUUGCCGUUUUUCAUUUAUACUCUUUUAGUGCCUUUCUGUCCAAACUGCUAUUUUCACCCAGAGUUAUUUGACUUUUUUACAUGGCUCGGCUACCUCAACUCAUUGAUCAAUCCAAUUAUAUAUACAAUGUCAAAUGAUGAUUUCAAAAAGGCAUUUCAAAAACUCUUGCGCUUUAAAUUUUGCCGAACUUGA